AUGCUAUUCCUACAAGUUCCCUUGUGGCCAGGACGAGACAGACAGCCUCCCCGAGGCUGCCGUGUCGCAAGAGCAGGCCUGACGGUGAGAGGCCUUUGCAGUUUGGUGCUUUUGUGUUGUGCUGUCCAGGACACAGCAGACAGCACGACAGCCGAGACUGGCCAGAGAGCGAGAGUGCAGUUAGUCGCCAGACAAGACAGUCUUAGCAGUCUAGAGUCACCCAGCACAGACGGGAAGCUGGUGAGACAAGACAGCUUUGACACACCAGACAGCUCUACAGCAGCAACACCAGCAACAGCGGGUGGGGCGGGUGUGAAGAGGGUGGGCAGCUUUGACACACCACCCCCCAAGAAAAGGCUUUUCGAGAGCCCAGACAGCGACCCCUCGGCUGUGAGAAGCAGACAGGUAGAACAUCUCAAGAAGUCCCUAGACAAAGACAGUCCAGUGUACUACAGUCUGGACUACCUCUGGGGUAAAGCAAGAAAGCCUGAGGCACAGGCAGACCUCAAGCCAGACACAGCAACCGAGAGACAGCAAAAGCAGCAAGAGCAGAGGAUGCAAGACUUGCAGGAGAGAGCAAAGCAAGCGGCAGAACGGCUUGACCUCGCGCCAGUCGUACGUGUUCUUGCUAGGAAAAAGGCGGGAAGGCCCCGAGGCAGCAAGACCAAAGUGAAGGCAGUGCCCGAGCUGAGGAAACGAAGAGCAGACGUGCCAGCCAUGGCCAAGCUUGGCAUGAUGGAAGAGCUAGACAGGCUAGCGAUAGCAAAAAGCAGCAAAAGGCAAGCCAGACUCCAUGUGAUGCAGCACUACGGUGUCAGCGAGACCUUCUGCUGGAACCUUCAGAGGCAGGCAAAAAGACAGAAAGUCCAGGACUUUCUUGCCAAGAGCAGGCUGGGCAAGAGUCUCAGACAGCCUGGCAGCCACUUGGGCCUUGUGCACUUGGUCAGCAAGUCACUAGGCAAGAGAGUGGCUAGUGAGGGCAAGGCGCUAGGCAAGCCAGACUACCUGAGGCCAGUCUGGUUCCAAACCAGAGCCUGGGCCCUUGUGGAGGAAGCCAACCAGCAUGUCCUGACAGCUGGAGACGUGCUGAUGGACUUCGAAGACAGGCUCCAGACAGCCCUUGCCCUCAGGGAGGCAGAAGAGGAAGCAGGCACCCUGGACGAGACAGGCAAGCGAGAGCUGGCAGCCAUGAAGCAGAAGCAAGCCAGCCUGGCAAACAACAAGAAAGCCAGAGAGAAGUACAAGGUCAAGCUGAUGGCCAAGUGCGGCCUUCGCAGUCGAACUUCCCAGCAGACAGCAAACCUGAAAUUGGAGAAAGAGAAAGCCAGACUGGAGACAGCCUGGAGGCUCUGGGACCUCCUUCUCCAGCAGGCAGCCAGCCCGACAGCCAACGAGACCCUGCCGGUCAGAGACUUUGAGGCAUGGGUUGCCCACCGACAGGAGACAGCCGUGACGAUGUCAGACCAGAUUCCAGCCUGGCUCAAGCCGAGCCCGGGCAAGGUGGUCAUGUCGGUUCUCAGGCUCCAGCUAGCCAGCGAGCAAAGGCGGCUCAGGCAUGAGCGGACGAAAGACAGGAAGACAGCAGCUGCAACAGGCAGACCCACAGCCAAAGCCAAGGCAGGACCGAAAGCCGCAGCAAGACUAGGAAAGGCAGCCAGAGCCCCAGGGGUGCCAGCCAGGUGGAGAGUUUCCCUCGUUGCCAGACAGGCAGUCAGGCAUUACUUCUCGCCAGACAGAAAGCCUGUUGGUGUGGUGAUGCCCACGAUUCUCGUCGUGUACGGGAAGCACUGCCGGCUGGAGAAUAUCAGUCCAGCCGGCACGUGGGUGAAGACAGAGAAGUUCGUGGUAGGCAGCAAGACAGUCCACCGAAAGGCAGGCACCCCUGUGCCAGGCAGUAUCAUGCGAAGCUGGAGGAAGCUCCGAGCCAGCAAGCCACACCUCUUAGUCGACGGUGCAGUCAGAGUGUGGUGCCAGCCAGCGGCCGUUGUAGACAGUGUGAUCUACCGAUGGCAGCUAGAGCUCGAGGCAGAGGAGCACAGACAGGCAGUGCAGCUAGUGGACAUGUUCGCAGGAGCUUGGACAGAAGAGUCCAUGCAGGCCGCUGCCGUGCUGCAGCGAGCACAGACAGGCAUCGCCGCAGGCUGCACAGGCCUCACCCAAGUGACAGACACAGGCUUCGCGCAGCCAGCCAAGGCAGCUCUAGCCAGAUGGCAGGAAGACCUGAAGCAGCGCAUGCGAGCGAAAGCCAGACAGGAAGGGGUGCACUGCACCUACCGGACAGGGCCGGCAGACAUCCUCGAGGCAGCCAGAGAGAUGCACUUGAGAAUGGUGGCUCUCAACGACAAAGAGCAGACAGUUCUUCGGUGCAUGAGGGAGGCAGGCUGGUUUCGCUACAGACCCGACAGUGAAGGUCUCCUGAAGGAGUGUGGCAGCCAAAGCUGGUGUGCAGACUUCCCCGAAGGCAGCGACAAGUUAGGCAGCGACCUCCUGAGGGACAGGUCCCGCUGGGUGGACGAGACAGGCAGAGUUGUUCCGUUCACAGAGGAGGAGCUGAAGGAAGCAGAGACAGGUGGAGGUUUCGAGACCGAGUCCUCCUACCUGCUCUCCCAGUAUGAGAAGAACGGCAUCCUCCUGGACUUCCACGCGAGUCCCACUGUGCUGGCGCAGACAGAGAGAGAGCUGAGGAACGCCGUGCUGCAGCAGCUUCACCCCAGCGAGAGAAGACAGCUUUUCGAGAAGAUGGUGGAGGACACGACCAGCCAACGCAAGCCAGAGAAGCAGGAGAAGAAGAGACGCAAAGACAAGCAGCAGAAAAAAAACCAGACUCCGGAGGAAGCUUCUGAAGAGGUGGCGAGAGCAGCAGGCUGGCAAGACAGCCAAGCAGGCCUUGCAGUUCGUGGUUCCCAAAGCAGGGAAGGCAGACAAGAAGAAGGCAAAGAGCAAGAAGAAGACGAACCCUGGCAGCAAGACAAAGCCUUCCGCAACAGACAAGCCCAGCCUGGCCGUCAAGAUGGCCCUGAAAAUGCGGCACAAAAGCCAGCAGAAGGCGGCAGACAGCAAGCAAGCCUCCGCCGAGGCAGCAGUUGA